AUGUGCGAGAGUUACUCCAGGUCGUUGUUGAGGGUCUCGGUGGCGCAGAUCUGCCAGGCGCUGGGCUGGGACUCGGUGCAACUGAGCGCCUGCCACCUUCUCACUGACGUGCUGCAGCGCUACCUGCAGCAGCUGGGACGGGGCUGCCACCGGUACUCGGAGCUGUAUGGCCGGACAGACCCAAUUUUGGAUGAUGUUGGUGAAGCUUUCCAACUCAUGGGGGUUAGUCUUCACGAACUAGAAGACUACAUCCACAAUAUUGAACCCGUCACUUUUCCACAUCAGAUCCCUUCGUUUCCUGUUAGCAAGAACAACGUUCUUCAGUUUCCUCAACCCGGCAGUAAAGAUGCUGAGGAAAGAAAAGAGUACAUCCCCGAUUACAUGCCACCAAUUGUGUCUUCUCAAGAAGAAGAAGAAGAGGAGCAAGUGCCCACAGAUGGAGGCACGUCAGCAGAAGCCAUGCAGGUUCCCUUGGAAGAAGACGACGAGCUGGAGGAUGAGGAGAUUAUUAAUGAUGAGAACUUCUUGGGUAAGAGACCUCUGGACAGUCCGGAAGCUGAAGAAAUGCCCGCGAUGAAGCGGCCACGCCUGCUGAGCACCAAGGGGGACGCCCUGGACGUGGUGGUACUGGAGGCUCGAGAGCCGCUCAGCUCGCUGAACCCCCAGAAGAUCCCUCCCAUGCUGUCCCCAGUCCACACCCAGGACAGCACGGACCCAGCUCCUCCAUCACCGGAGCCGCCAAUGUUAGCUCCAGUGGCAAAAUCACAGAUGCCAACCGCAAAACCAUUGGAAGCAAAGUCGUUUACACCCAAAACAAAGACUAAAACCAGUUCUCCAGGACAGAAGACGAAAUCACCCAAAAUGAUUCCGUCACCAGCCAUGGUCGGAAGUCCUAUUCGGUCUCCAAAAACCAUAUCCAAAGAAAAGAAAUCUCCUGGACGUUCCAAGAGCCCCAAGAGCCCCAAGAGCCCCAAGGUCAUGACUCACAUUCCCCAAGUACCUGUCAGACCUGACACCCCCAACAGGACUCCUUCAGCCACAAUAAGUGAGAAAAUCAGUAAAGAGGCUGUUCAGGUGAGACAGAUACAAGCACUGCCUGAUGCUGGGCGGCUGAACAACGAGAGUCAGCUCAGAAAGGCGGUCAUCACCGACAAGACCAUCGACGACUCCAUCGACGCCGUGAUCGCUCGGGCUUGCGCGGAACGCGAGCCCGAUCCUUUUGAGUUCUCUUCUGGGUCCGAAUCAGAAGGAGACAUUUUUACCAGCCCUAAGAGAAUUUCAGGUUCAGAAUCUGCUACCCCCAAAGCCUCCACCUCCUCCAAUAAUUUCCCCAAGUCCGGGUCCACCCCUCUGCCUCUUUCAGGCGGAACUUCAAGUUCGGACAAUUCGUGGACAAUGGACGCGUCCAUCGACGAGGUGGUUCGGAAGGCCAAGAUGGGGACCCCUCCCAGCAUGCCCCCCAGCUUCCCUUACAUUUCCUCCCCUUCGGUCUCUCCUCCCACCCCCGAGCCCUCGCACAAGGUGUACGAGGAGAAACCCAAACCACCCGCCUCCUUGGACGUCAAAAAGAAGUUGAAAAAGGAACUGAAGACGAAGAUGAAGAAGAAAGAGAAGCAGCGAGAUAAGGAGAGGGACCGGGACAAAAGCAAGGAGAAAAGCAAAGAGAAGGAGAAAGGGAAGGAGAAGGAGAAAGACAGGGAGGCCAGCAAGGAAGCUAAGUAUCCCUGGAAGGACUUUCUCAAAGACGAAGAGGCCGAUCCCUACAAGUUUAAGAUAAAAGAGUUCGAAGAUGUGGAUCCAAAAGCCAGGUUGAAAGAUGGGAUGGUGAGGAAGGAAAAGGAGAAGCACAAAGACAAGAAAAAAGACCGAGAAAAGGGCAAAAAGGACAAAGAAAAGCGGGACAAAGAGAAAGCGAAAGAGAAAGGCCGAGAGGAGAAGCUGAAGGCCACCCCGGCCCCGCUGGUCCUGCCCCCCAAGGACGUGGCGCUGCCCCUGUUCAGCCCCGCCGCCGCCAUGCGCAUCACGGCCGUGCUGCCCUCCCUGACGCCCGUGCUCCCCGAGAAGCUCUUCGAGGAGAAGGAGAAGCCCAAGGAGAAGGAGAGAAAGAAGGACAAAAAGGAGAAGAAGAAAAAGAAGGAGAAAGAAAAGGAGAAGGAGAAGAAGGAGAAGGAGAGGGAGAAGGAGAAGCGCGAGAGAGAGAAGCGGGAGAAGGAGAAGGAGAGACACAAGCAUGAGAAAAUCAAAGUGGAGCCCGUGGUCCCAGCCCCAAGCCCGGUUAUACCCAGACUGACUCUCAGAGUUGGAGCCGGCCAAGACAAGAUCGUCAUCAGCAAAGUGGUCCCAGCCCCCGAGGCUAAGCCGGCGCCUUCUCUGAACAGACCCAAGACGCCGCCCCCCGGCCCGGCCCCCGGCCCGGUCCCCGUGCACGUCACCCCUGCCCCGGUGCCUUUGCCCCUCCUGGCCCCAGCCAGCGCACCCCUUGCCGGGAUGCCCGCCCCGGCCCCUGCUGCUUCGGGAGCCGCCAGCUCCAAAGCCCCCGUCCGCAGUGUGGUCACAGAGACAGUCAGCACCUACGUGAUCCGAGACGAGUGGGGAAACCAGAUCUGGAUCUGUCCGGGCUGCAACAAGCCCGACGAUGGGAGCCCCAUGAUCGGCUGUGACGAAUGUGACGACUGGUACCACUGGCCCUGCGUGGGCAUCAUGGCCGCGCCCCCGGAAGAGAUGCAGUGGUUCUGCCCCAAGUGCUCCAACAGGAAGAAGGAUAAAAAGCACAAGAAGCGGAAGCACCGGGCGCACUGA